CGCAGGAAUCACCUUAUAAGUCCUGUUAAGGUGGAGGAAUUUGGCAUGGAGCAGAGCCUAAUGGCUUCAAGCGAAGCCGCUGAUGUUGCCAAAACUAGAGACCCAUCGCAUGAUUCUGACCCUGCAGAAACUGUCAGGAUCGAGGUGGAUCUAGGAUCGCUGUUUGAGCAGUUUGCCAAAUCCAAAUGUCGCAACAAACAAGAUUGCAGCAGGACAACAGAUCCUGCAGAACCCUCAACAACGGAGUUAAGAUCGCCUGGAAAUCUGCUUAAAGUUGAUGGUAAUCUCAAAUUUUUGGAAAAUUUAAUUUUAGACAGUCUCAAUGAGGUGCUAUUACAAUUUGGAAGGUUUAUUGAAAGUUCCGCAAGUCUCAUCGACUACAUUGAAAAGUUGCAUUCCAAAGGAUUUGUGAUUGAUAAUGCCUCUCCAGCGGCUGCUCCAAAUUCAACUUCUGCAAACGAACAAUGGUUGAUCUCACCAAUGUGCAAUGACUACUGCCCAGUAUUUAUACCUCUCAUAACUGAGAGACAAUCCCCUCAGUACUUUUGUGAGUUUACAGAACGACCAGUUACCUUUUGGGCCACUUACAUAUUUCGAUCCUACAGUCAAGGAAGUGUGUACCAACCUCCACAGGUCGUGGAGUUGUUGAUAGAAUCUAAUCGACUCUCAGUGGCAGAGCAAUUCCACGUUGUGAAACAGCCCUGGAUUUCGCCCAGUAAGGUAGCAAAACUUUUUCAGUCAAGUCGUUCUAUUGGCAACUUCGGAUUGAAGAAAAGACUGACGAAGGUAUUGAGUAAACUUGUAACUCCACGGCAUCGUACGAACAGUGAAUCAAUGUGGGACUGCGAGAACUUAAAUUCCGACGUAGACCUCCCAUUAGAUGCACUUGCGGCGAGUCAGUAUAUUCAAAUCGUGGAGGCUGACCUUGAUAGCCCCAUGCAUUGGUGUGGAAAUGAUGAACAUUCUGUGGAAUGCUCGAAACAGGAAUCCAAAACUCAUAAUUCUAACAGCAGAGAAAGGAAGAUGUUGCUAUAUCCAAAGAGCCAUGGUAAGGAAAUGGUAAAAAGACGCUGGAGAAGUGGCGCUCUCUUUGGUUUCACCGAUACUGAUUCACUUUUACCCAAUGACAAAGGAACCGGCUGUAAAGUGGACAUGAACAUCUCAAUACCAAAGAUAGACACUAGUAUUAAGAGAGGAAUUUCGCUGUUAACUUCGUUUAAAGUAAAACGACAUGGCAGCAUACGGGUGUCAAAAAAGACCUCACAAACAUUCUCGUCCUUAGGGCGACUGCGUGACUUUUCCUGUGUUAAUCAGAGUAUAAAUGAAUUCAACGGGUACGCACAAUUGGUGAACGUGGACGUGCAAGCACGCAGUGAAUCUCGCAGUGACCAUGGUCAGAAGACUGUCAUAUCAAAAAACCUUAUGCGAGGAGUAGGAUAUCCGCUGAGUCGAGGGGAUGUAAUACGAGCGUGCAAGAGGUGCUCCACUUCAGCCUACAGAGGAAGACUGGAGACCUCCAGCACCAUCCACCUCUUGAAAGCUGAUGCAAGAAUGCCAAGCCUUUUGCAAAAUACUGCCGACAACUAUAGACGCCAAAUUAGGAUGCCUAAGGCAAUGAAUCACGCAAGACGCAUGUACACUACAUCGGACGAUACAAGCGGAGAGGGCAGCGCGGAAUAA